AUGGCGCCUCUACCAGCAACGCUGAAGCGUAUUCACCGUGAAAUAGCCGAUGUACACAAGGAGGAUCUUGGGGCAAUAACGCUGACACCUUCCGACGAUCUGUUUGCGUGGCAUGGGUCGCUGCCUGGACCAGAAGGCAGUGUAUACGAGGGCGGAACCUUCAACUUCGCGGUUGAGUUGCCAAAAGACUAUCCAUUCUCCGCCCCGAAGGUUGUUCUUAAAACACGGAUCUACCACAUGAAUAUAAGCGACCAAGGCAACAUCUGUCUGGACAUCUUAAAACAUAACUGGUCGCCCGCCCUUUCGCUUUUCAAAGUCAUUCUAUCCCUGUCCUCUCUGUUGACGGACCCAAAUCCCAAGGAUCCGCUAGGUAUGGCCUAUUCGUUUUUGACCGACUUCCCAUUGAAUGCCCCAGUGCCCGCCAUUGCCACCCAAUUUCAACGCAAUCGGAAACUACACGACUCAACCGCGCGCCAAUGGACUGAUCUUUAUGCACGACCUAAAGUGUCCGCUCCUUCUCCAGUCGUGGCCCCACCACGUGCAUCGGCGCCGAUAAGACAAAGCAGGAUCACCCCGACGAACGCGGCUGCCAGCUCAUCUCAGACAAGUCCUAUAAUCAUUGACGAUUCGGAUGAGGAAACAAGUCGUUCCGCUGGGAAGAAGCGCAAACGAGACAAGGGUAGUACACUCGACGUUGAGGAGGAGCAGCGCACUGGGAUUAGGAGUAAGAAGCGCCCUGAACGCAGUGGUUCGAGACGACCCACCGAAGUCAUCGACAUUGAUUAG